AUGAAUUCAGCUUCGGAUCGCCUUAUACAAUUCGGGAGUGUCAAUCGCUCAAAGGUUGGUGGUUCGGAUGUUUUUGAACCAACUGUAAUUCCCAAUCAGCGAGCGGGAUUGGUGGAGUGGAUAAACAGUAUUGUUCCUGAAAUAUAUUUGCCACUAAAAGCUUCAUCCGAGGAGUUGCGAGCCUGCUUGAUUGAUGGCACUGUUCUACUACAGAUUUUAAAUAGGCUCAGACCUGGCUAUACAUACAAGGCAGGUAGUUCUCGCUCAGAAAAUGUUAAGAAGUUUCUGGCAGGUAUGGAUGACUUGGGGAUUCUCAAGUUCGAAUUCUCUGAUCUAGAGAAGGGCUCUAUGAAGAAUGUUAUAGAUUGCCUUUUAACACUCAGAGCACAAUUCGUAUAUAUGGGAGGUAAUCUUUCUCCCACGAGUGGAAUUAAAUAUGGCAACCCUCAUGGGGAUGCAUCUUCCAAUGGCCUUUUUUCUCCAACAUUUGGGGAAGAAAAGCGUAAGUUUUCUCCAGAUUCAAAAUAUCAACAACCUUUUCGAAGUCCUGUUAUGCCAGAGCCAUCAGCUGCAUCCAUGCACCUUGUUGGACAUAAGUUCCAUGAGGUGUUUCAACUGAAACAAGGCCGCUAUUCAGAUCUUUCUGCUGCAAAAAUUUCCGAAAUGAUGAAAUCGAACAGCUUGGAUAAUGCACCAACUCAGUCACUUUUGAGUGUUGUGAACGGAAUAUUGGAUGAAAGCAUUGAAAGAAAGAGUGACGAAAUACCACAUCGUGUGGCUAGUCUGUUGAGAAAAGUUGUACAAGAGAUUGAACGACGUAUAUCAACUCAAGCAGAACACUUAAGAACUCAAAAUAAUCUAUUUAAGGCUCGUGAGGAGAAGUAUCAGUCGAGAAUCAGAGUACUUGAAGCCCUCGCUUCUGGGACUGGUGAAGAGAGAGGGGUUAUUAUGGAUCAGCUUCAACAAAUAAAGUUUGAGAAGUCCAAAAUGGAAGAAGAGAAGAAACUUGAAGAGGAGCAUGUAGCUAAGUUGAUCAAAGAGAGGGCACAAAGCGUUCUUGAACUCUCAGCCUUGAAACAAGAAUUUGAAUUAGCAAAGCAGAAACAUGAACUACAUCGCUUGCAAAUGGAAACAGAAUAUAAGGAUGCUAAAGCAGGUCUUGAGGAGAGAUUAAAAGAGCUUGAACUUCACUUGGAAGAUUCGAAGAACCAAGUGAAAGUGCUUGAGGCAUAUUCUGAGUCAAAAUCUAAGAUGUUCAACAAGAAAGAGCACAUCUUUGAGGGCUUUGUUGAGUUUCAAUUUGGUGCCCUGCAGGAACUGAGGUCGUCCUCCAAGUCCAUCAAACAUGAAAUUUUCGAAGUACAAAGAAGUUAUUUGGAGGAAUUCAAUGGACUAGGAGCAAAGUUAAAAGCAUUAAUUGAUUCAACCAGGAGCUAUCACAUAGUCCUUGCUGAAAAUAGGAGGAUGUUUAAUGAGCUUCAGGAAUUAAAAGGAAACAUCAGAGUUUAUUGCCGGAUAAGGCCAUUUCUUCCAGGGCAGGCUGCAAAACAAACAACGGUAGAAUAUAUAGGUGAACAUGGAGAGUUGGCUAUUGUGAAUCCCUCCAAGCAAGGGAAAGAUAAACGUCGCAAUUUUAAGUUCAAUAAGGUCUUUGGUCCAGAUUCUACUCAAGGUUUUCAUCUCUACAUCCUUUUCAACUUGGAUAGGGCUUACUUGAGGAUGCUAUAUUGUUUUUGUGCUUAUACAUUCUACUGGCACGAAUGUGGAAGUAAAUUCUUGUCAUCUCUAACAUGCUAUCUUCUCUGGAUAUUGGCAGCGGAGGUAUAUUCAGACACUCAACCAUUGAUACGUUCUGUACUGGAUGGAUAUAGCGUGUGUAUCUUUGCUUAUGGACAAACUGGUUCGGGAAAAACCUACACAAUGGUAUGA